AUGAACCACCAACACCUCACACCUGCUUCUUCCAAUUCUUCCGAAAAAAAGAAGAGAAAAUCAAAGAUUAGUCAUCAUCAUGAAUCCUCAUCCACAAAUCAAUUCAAUAACACCAACUACAGAAACCACUCCCAACAGAAAGAUGCUAACAACAUUGAUAACCAAAAUUUGACCACUCCAAUGUCCGAAAGCUCCGAACCACACACAACAUCCAUUUCUGAAGUCUCUUCUAUGAAUAUUCAAUCUUCUCCUCACACAUCAUUUAUUUCUCCAUCUAUUUCUCAAUACAUACAAUCAAAUAUUAUCAAACCCUAUCGAGAAGAUAUUCAAUUAUAUUUUGAUCCAUGUGAAAACACACCUUUUUAUAUUAUUUAUAGUAAUUCAAUGAAAUUAAUGAAAAAUUGUUCAAAUUUUAUUUCACAUUUAUAUGAAAUGGAAUUAAAAGAGAAACAAUUAAAUCAUUUAAUAUGCAAACAUGUCAUUCCAAUCGGAUUCGAUGCAGAAUAUAAGGGCACCAAUUUUAAAAUCACUACUAUUCAAAUAUCUAUUUAUAGUAUAUGUUUUGUAUUUGGAAUUGAAAAGAUGAAGAAAAUUCCAAAUGAAUUAUUUGAAUUUUUAAAUUUAAAAACUGCAAAGGUUGGAGUUGGUGUUUGCAAUGAUUUUAAACAUUUAAUAUCUCAAAAGUAUCAACACAAUAGUAUAAUGAAAAAUAAUACGAUGAAUAAUAAUAAUGCAAUUACUAUUAAUAUUCAUACAAAUAAUACCACAAUUGUCACAACUAGUAGUACUACUUCUACUACUCCUCUUAUUAUUGAAAAUAUAAUUGAUUUAGCAAUUGUAUCCUCUCAAUAUCAUUUAUUUGGAACUUCCAUUCCAUCUUUGAAAGUAUUAGGUAUUGAAUUAUUGAAUAUUGAAAAUGUGAGAGGAAAAGAUAAAUCAAAAUUUGAACCAUUUGUCAAGUAUGCAGCAUUGGAUGCUUUUAUAGGAUAUUCAUGUUUGUAUAAAUUGUAUGAAAUCAUGUCUUGUGAUGGUUUUAGUGAUUGGAUCAAAAAACAAUGCAAAUCAUUGAAUGAUUCCUCUUUUGAUGUCAUUUCCAUUGAUGGAAUGAAUUCAACAACACUCAAUUCAACAACAACAAUGGAAGAUUCUCAAAAAGAACCAUACUCACAACAAGAUGAACACAACAAUCAACAUAAUUCCUCUCAAAUCAUUAAGGGAAAGAGUUUAACUUCAUUGAUGGAGCUUUCAAAAUUAGAUCCAAAUGCUACUGAUCAAGAACGUGAAGAAUUUCUCUCCAUGAGAUCUACAUUUAUGGGAAUGAUGUAUGGAGAUAAAACAAGCUCUUCUUCACUCUCAUCAUCAACAUUAUCCUCCCAACAACAACAACAAGUUCUAUAUGCUAAAGAGAAGAAUCAAGCUCGAUUGAGAAAAAUGGCUCACAAAAAUUCUACACAACGAUCCAUUUCCAAUUUAGUGAAUGAUAUGAAGCGAUCCAAACAACAAGUAUCAUCAUCGGUACUACAUGGAGGACCACAAGGAACCACUACAAGUACUGAGGAGAAGAAGGUCAUUUCACAAUCCUCUUCAUUAACAUCCAAACCAUCCAACAACAAUAAUAAUACUCCUGUACGACUCCAAUCACCAACUGGAUCAUCCAAGAAAAGACAUCAACCUCCUCCUCCUCCUGCAUCCAAAAAGUCCAAUGAAACAAAAAAGAAGAAGAUUAUCAAAUCGAGUCAAGAUAGUCUCUCAUUUUCAUUGGUGUAG